CGCAAAUGUGCGAGUGUAAAGAGUUUUGCUCGGUGUAUUAUUUAUUGAUUGUUGAAAAACAAUGGCGGGCGCUUGCUGGCAGUGAGUCAGUAGGUCAAGGGUGCGCUGGCCUAGUUACGCAGUGCCGCGCGCCGAAAUUCGCGGGCUUACCAGUUGCUAACCUCACUCGGUAGGGAGGGGCUAACUUGUGCCUAACGUGGUUAGUGCGCGCUCACUUUUAUUUGACUACGUGUUUCAUAAAAGCCAUGAUGAGCGUUUAUUUGACGGAUAGAAUUAAUGUUACCUAACUAACAAUGGCUUUGUGUAAUUUCUCAUUCCGUUUAGUUUCAAUAAGUUUAGUAAAGUUCAGACAGGUUUGAACUUUAAUAUUCCUGCAAUGAUAUUUAACACCGUCAACGAAAGAUUACCUAAUGUUAUUAAAUAACAACACAUUGAAAAUAAUUAUCAGGUUCUGUUCUUGACGAUAUUAUAAUUAAUUAAUGUUUUGGUCACAUUACUUCCUGUAGCAUAAACUUUAUCGAUAAUAUCUAUAGGUACCAACGAGUAUGUGCGCGCUAUCAAGACAAGACAGAUUUAAUGAGUGUCAUCAUUAUGGACGACUCUUUCGACCUUCAUAUUAAGUUGAUUACAUAUUUUAUUUAUAUGUAUGUAUUUGGACCGAGCCACAUCACUAGCAGGCCGGAUCUGGAGCACGCGCCACGCCAACCGCUUCUCCUUACAUAAACCCAAGUUUAAGGUCGCCUAGAUGUUGCCUCUUUGGACAAGUCAAGUGCUCUGAAUGCCAGUCACCCACAUCACUAGCUAUGACAACAUACCACCCGCGGCUACGCCACUAGAUCGAACUUGUACAUUCCAAAUUAAGCGCUAGUAGCUACGAUCACUGUUUGUGGUUUAUUGAUAAAUUAAUUUCACGCCAUACAUCCUUGGCUGCCGAGGUCGUGAAAGUAAAUUAUGAAUGGAGUAACAUACCCUGAUGAUAACCAGAAUUUAUAACUCGCACUUCAUUACACAUUUAAAAAUGACUUCCAUAGCGAUCUGUGUCAGCGCCAUCUACCGGUGAGUAGAACUACUUUCGCUAGCAACAGUUCCCUAGCUACAAAGAAUUGAUAAAACAAUAUGACUGUAGUUACUACCUUGUAUGAAGAUAACACUAUUAUAAGAGAUAGAGUUUUUGGCUAUUUUAAACAUGGAUGACCCAGAGAACAAAAUACCAGUGUUGUGUUUAGGACCAAAAGGUUCAGGGAAAACCACAUUACUGAAGAAACUGCAAAAUGCUGAAGGGAUAGAUAACACGUACAGCCCCGUACCAACAGUAGGAACUAAUAUUUACGAUGUCUAUUACAUCAACAAACACGGGAAGAAACAAGUGCUUUCCAUUAGAGAAGUGGGUGGUGAGAUGGCGCCACUGUGGCACAAUUAUUUGGACGGAGUUGAAAAGAUAAUUUACGUAGUGGACACGUCUAACCUAUGCCAAAUAUCAGCGGCUGCCGUGUUACUUUACACUUUGUUAGCUGAACCAAGACUCAAAAGUGCUAAAUUCAUCCUAGUCCUGAGUAAAAUGGAUGCGGCAUACAGACAGAUGCGCAACGAAGCGCUGCUGAUGCUGCAAUACGCCAGGCUCAGUACAGAGCUAUCUAAGGCACCCACACUGCUUGAGGCAGCACCCCUCACAGGCGAGGGCAUUGACCAGCUAAAGGCUGCCCUCUGCGACAUCAAGAUUGUUAAUGCUUUUUAGAUUUUAAAUGUAAAU